CUUCAACCUUCAUUGAAGCAGGGAAGCGAACUGAAAGCGAGUUGUUUCUCCAGGCAACCAUUUUCCACAUCCAAUCCACUCAGCUCAUAUGAAAUUUCUUCAUUCAUUUCGAUUUUAUCAAUCCCGAAUUUAGUAUCAAGGAAUUCCUUAUCGUGUUUCUCUGAUCUCGAUUUUGAUCUCACGAUCUCUCGAAUCGCGUUAUUUUUUCUCCAUGGAAGAGCAGCAGAAGACGGCGAAAGAUCAAGAACUCAAGGAGGAUCAUGAAGAAAAUGACGCAAUUGAGCUUGUUCUCUUUCAAGUUUCUGAAUGUUAUGUCUAUUUGAUACCCCCAAGAAAAAGUGCAGCUUCCUACAGGGCUGAUGAAUGGGAUGUGAAUAAAUGGGCCUGGGAGGGAAAACUGAAAGUCCUUAGCAAGGGAGAAGAAUGCAUUAUUAGACUUGAAGAUAAGAGCACAGGUGAAUUAUAUGCUCGGGCGUUCUUGAGAGAUGGAGAACCGCAUCCAGUUGAACCUGUAAUUGAUAGCAGCAGAUAUUUUGUUCUUCGCAUAGAAGAAAAUAUCGAUGGUCGCCGUCGGCAUGCCUUUAUUGGGUUAGGGUUUCGAGAAAGAACUGAGGCAUAUGACUUCCAAGCAGCUUUGCAUGAUCAUAUGAAGUAUCUCAAUAAAAAGAAGAGUGCAGAAGAGAUGGAACAACAGUUCCAGAAAACAUCCUUAGUUGAUUAUAGUUUGAAAGAAGGGGAGACUAUUGUACUACAGUUAAAAAGCAAAAAAAGCUUUAGCAGCAUCAAGAAAUCUUCUGAGCUUGAUCUGAAAGUCUCCUCCUCAUCAGAAGAAGAAGAGGGCAACACAAAAAAAGAGUCCAUUUUUUGUAUCAAACCACCCCCACCUCCACCAGCACCACUUUCACCUGUUCCAGCUCAGGAGUCUCCUACAAAUUUUCCGCCAAACAUCAAUCUUGAAGAAACUUCUAAGCACAAGGAAGACUCCAAUGCUGCUGAAGGUCAAAGCACAGUGGAUUUACCUGAUGAUGACUUUGGAGAUUUUCAGACAGCUGGGUGAUGACAUGGACUGUGACAUGGAACUUGUACAUUCUCGAAUUCCCUAAUCGAUCUUCGGUUUUCAAUAGAUUGCGUGGUACAAACUGCUUAGUUUUCACAAGAGAUCUUAUGUACUGUUGUUAAACCUAGUUUGUGAAAUUAGCUUGAAGAGUUGCCAAUAAAAAGUGAUCCCAAAAUUCAGCAGUCCUAUGAUAUAACGAUGAUGAAGCUCAAGUAAAGAGACAAAAGGGAAUAUGGAAUAUCAUGGAAAUUUAUUUCUUUCAA